AAACAGCUCUGCAGGAAGCAGUGUGUGUGCAGUGCAUGGAUUCACAGCUAUGGCAGCCCCACCAAACAGCAAAGCCAUUGGCAAUGAAAGCAGCUUUGUGGCCCAGGACAGAAUCUGGUAAACUGCAGGACAUUAUUGCCAUGUUUAGAGCCUCUGACGCAGGGAUUGCAGAUUGCUGGCUGAGGAGCAUCAGAGUAGGAGUCCCAGGAUUGACAAUCAGAAUAACAGCAUGACUUAUUUAUCAAAGGACGCUUAUACUCCGGGGCUGCGUUGGAUCAAAUUAAUACUGAGGGCUGCCCUCUGUUUUACAGAAUACGUCACUAAAGUGUCAAUUGUUGGGAAACUAAAGAUUUUCAAGGCUGAAUUUUACAUUUUUUGAGCAAAAUAGUCAAAUUGAAAGGGGAUGUAAUUCUGCUAUGGUUUCAGUUAAUCUAUUUUGGUGUAAAAUGUUCAAUUCACAUUGGAUUCCCGACAAUUGACACUGUAGCAUCUGUAAAAGCCAGCUAACUUUAGAACUGCGUCUGGAUUAUGCAGCGGUAAAUGUGCCGCAGUUUGACAUUUGUUUAAGUAAACUAAGUCUAGGGGGAUCUUAGGUUUAGGGGAUGCUUCUAAUUAAGGGGGGUUCAGGGUUAUCUGCUUUCAAGAUACUGUGCUCUGCAGCUUGUAUCAAUAACCCUAUAGCAGGCAUAGGCAACCUUCGGAACUCCAGAUGUUUUGGACUACACCUCCCAUGAUGCUUUGCCAGCAUUAUAGGUGUAAAAGCAUUAUGGGGGAUGUAGUCCACAAUGUCUGGAGUGCCAAAGGUUGCCUACCCCUGCCCUAUAGCUUUCAUUACACUGUAGGCAGGUGUGUAUUCAGGAUUCCCCAUCCAGUAUGCUGGGACGUGUCUGUUCUAACUAAUGGGGUCCCAGUAAAAAUACACAUUGUAACACAGCCGUUAGUGAUCUAACGUAUACAUUUUGCUAGCAAAAUAGCCAUCAAAUGUGUAGAUUAAACGUUGAUUAACAGAGUGAUUACAGCAGCUCUAUCACUCUCUUUAAUUAUUUUGCAAACAGCCCUGAUGGGGACAUUGUCGUGCGGUGGUCCAGUGGUGUAAGGAUGGAAAGAUAUAUUUAUCAGAUGCUGUUCCCCAAAGGCGACAUCAUCUUGUUUCCUCAGCUCCUGGCACUUGAUCCGGCAGGAGCCCACAUCAGUACUGUAAUCUCGCGCAUGCACAAGAGCACAGCACUAAUGUCAAUGGAGGAUUUCACAAGACUGAUAUUGUUUCGCGAUGAGCAAGACAAUGCUAUAUUCCCAUAUCCAUUACUAGUGACAGCUGGGGGAAGUGACAAAACUUGACAGAGUUUUGACAAACGGAAGGAAAAUACUUAAAGCAAAGAGGUCCCUGCUUUGCUUUACGUAUUUUAGGAGAAUAAGAUCAAAAAGGAAGACAGGAUUAGGAAUGAGGAAAAGAAAAGGAACAAAUUAAAUCAAGGUAAGUUUAGGGUGAUAGAGCUGCCGUGUUUUUAAUUUGGAUUCUGUGACCUAAACAUUUUUAAAUUCAUUUUGUUUGUCUGAAUUUUGAAGUGACAUAAACAAAUCGAUAUUAUUUUUAGGAAAGCCCACGUCGCGAAUGAAGCAGAAACCGCUAAAAACUGGCCUGAAAGAUGGGGAUUCCUAACCACAUCGUAUAACGAGGUAUUUACACAGACAUUAUAUUCAUUAUUUUUCACCUUAGUGUGAAUUCUCGGGAGUUUGACGUGAAUUAAACAUUUCGGCUAAAAUAUCUCAAUUAGAAAAAGAUUUUACAAAGUCAGUCGUUAUUAUUUUCAUUUAUAUGUUUUCAAUUCAGCUGUUUUGGCAUCAAAUUUAAAAUUCAGUUUGAGUUUCUGAACAUUCAUAUUUUAGUGAAUAACUCUGUAUCUCUAUAUUGUUUGUAACUAUGUGGAUGCAGAUUUUACGUUAAAGGAAAACUAUAAUGUUAGGAAUACAAAACAUGUUCUAACACUAUAGUGCUUGAGUGGUUGUUUAAGUGUCCGACCCUCUCAGAUUGUAGUGAAAAGGUAGUUAGGUUUUUUUCUCUUUUGCAGAGCCAGUCUUGCUGCGGCUGGGCCCACCUCAAUGGUUGAGAUUAUCAAUUUUGAUGAUCUCAGCCAAUCCAAUGCUUUCCAACACAAAAGCUUUUGGAAGCCAAUGGGAAAAAACGCUACACUGCGCCAAUCAGAAUCUCCUCAUGUAAAUGCAAUGAAUCAGUGCGUCUCUGUGGGGAAUGUUCAGCGUCUCCAAGAGUUAGGAAGCACCUCUAGUGGCUGUCUUAAUGAUACUCGGCAGCAAUGUAAGCAUUUACAUUGAAAAGCCUACAGGGACAGGCUGUAGACACCAGAACCACUACAUUAAGAUGCAAUGGUAUUGGUGGCUAUAGUGUCCCUUUACCAUUGUAACAUUGACUGGUUAUAUGGCUUUGUAGUUUUGUCAUCUGUGGAAUUAAAAUGCCAUAAUUCCCUAAAUACUUUCAAGAUUCCUGUGCCCCUCAAAUAUUUAAUGGAAAAUUCUUAAACUUAGACAUUAUGUUUGAAUAUUUUGUAAUCUGCAGAGGCAGAGAGUCAUUUGAUAGAGAUAAAAUUCUUCUUGUUUUAGCUGGUGAAUAACGAAGAAGCAGUCACGAAAGAAAAAGGGCGACUGAAAACACCAGAGCAUUUGCGCGUUCGUCCUGUGACUCCAUUGGAAACAUAUAUCAAGGUUGGGGGACUGUGCGCAUGCACUGAUCUCUAGUGUCAAUGUGACAGGAAGCAGGGGGGCAACUAAUCUAUUGUAAUUGGCUCCUCGUGGCAAGAAGCAGAGGAUAUAGCUGGCCCAUUAUGGCAUCUAUCCACCCAAGUAAGCCUUGGAGUGCCGGGACCGUUCUUUGGUGACUAUUAACUAUUUCUUGAGCCUUGGUGCUGGCCCCUGGUUUAGUUGCACCCAUGCUUUUAAAUAAAUAGAUUGAGUGUAGUUCCAUAUUUAGUUUUUUAGUACAUUUCCCUAAUUGUUAGUGGCAUUGUUACACAUUGGAGAUCUGUCCUGUAGGUGGCACAAUCCUCUUUUCUGCUCCCUCUGGCACUCUCUAUUACAGAUAGCGGACACUAGGCAGUAACUCAGGACAGCUAUUUCGGAUGUGUGAUAGUUCAUUCAUCUGGUCCUCCCUCCAGGUAGUUACACCAACCCCAUAUCUGGACUCUUUCAUGGCUACGUUGAGUGGUCACUGGGCUGUAAACAGUAAUUUGAGAGAUUUGUUAUGACUGCGACUUUGUGCUCCAGGACAGUGCUCUCAAUUUUAAUAUUAUUGGUAUUCAUAAAGCACCAACAUUUUUAGCAGCGCUGUACAAUAGGCUAACAUAGAAAUAAAUAGUUGCAGCAAGACAAGUUGGAUCCAUAGUAACGAAGGUGGUGAGGCCCCUGCUCAAACAAGCUUACAGUCUACGGGGCUACAUGUGCCUGCAUUGUAUCUACAAUUUAUUGACUCCACUAAAUGCUAGCACCUAAUUACACCAUUUAUUUCAUCUCGCCAACAUCCAGGUGGGUCCAUCACCAGUUGUUCCUCAGACUACACAAGGAUUAAUUGGUUGGAGGUCUACCAUCGCUGACUUACAGCUUGAAUGCUACGGCAGAUCCAGAUUUGUCAAGGGCGACUUCUGCAAGCGAAUGAAUUGGCCCCCCGAGGGUGUCAGCUAAGCCUUUGCCUUUCUCCCAUUCCCCUUCCUAUUUCACCCCAGGUAACAUCGAAUGAUGAGUAAAAACUUUGCAGAGCAGCAAUAAUCAGAGCUGGCGUAAAUGGCAAUUUUUGCAUAUUUUCUCUCUGUAGCAAGCCGGGAAAAAACAAAUUGAAGAGUAUCUGUAAAUGUUAAAAAUAUGCGUAGCAAUAAGCACUCACUACAAACACACUACCAUAAAAAAACUGAUUUACUGUCUUCCUUGCCUGAAG